AUGGCUCAUGAUCCCGACAAACGCGGCAUCCAAGUUGCCAGAGCUCACCGCAGCGGCGUGAUUGACAGUGACAAUGUUGAAGACGGCGAGGAAUGCGACAAAGAUGACGACAUUGACUACGAAAGCGAAAUCGGCGACCUUCCAUCGCUCACGGAUGUCUUUCUGCGGGGCGACUCAGGGUUUAAAAGUGCCGACCUCAGCUGCAAGGCUGCCACAUCACCCGCUCCCGUUGACAGGACGGGCAAGGAGUGCUGUUGUGAGGGCGACUGUGGGAAUAGUGGCAAUCCUAUCGCGACGACUGCCGCAGGCAUUCAGCUCGGUGCCAGCCAAGGCGAGUCAUGGAGAUCCCAUGUCGUCGUACAUCCGGCUGAUAUCCUCGACACCGCUACCUCUGACGACAGAAAUUCCACCUUCGAAGUCGCGGACCUAACCCCUCCCAGUGGUCCAUUCCCAACUCUGUCUGGAGGAUUUGCCGAGCCAGACACAGAGGGUGUGAAGGAUGCUCCAGGCAGCCUGGCGAAGUACAACACGCGUGACCCUGUAGGCGAAUGA